CCGGCGCACGCGGAGGAGGUGGCGGCGGCCGCAGAAGGAGGAGGGCAGCGCGGAGCGGGAGGUGAGGCGGAGGUGGAGGAGCAGGAGCGGGAGCGGGAGCAGGAGCAAGAGCGAGGCGGAGCAGGCGGCGGCGGUGGAGGAGAAGAGCGGCCAGGAGGAGGAGGAGGAUGGAGGAGCAGCCGAAGGAGGGCGAGGCCGAGGUCGCGGAGCACUGGUUCUCCAAGUGGGAACGCCAGUGCUUGGCCGAGGCCGAGCAGGAGGAGCAGCUGCCCCCGGAGGUGGAGGACGAGGCGGCCGCCGAGGCAGCGGGGCUCAAGAGCGAGCAGCAGAGGCUGUGGCACCUCUUCCAGAUCUCUGCCACCGCCGUGGCCCAGCUCUACAAGGAUCCCGGCUGCCAACAGCCAGGACUGUCCGUAUGGGACCCCUUCCAGAACGCGGCCAUGGCCGUGACCAGUCUCUACAAAGAGAGCGGGGACGCCCACCAACGAAGUUUUGACCUGGGCGUCCAGGUUGGCUACCAGCGUCGCAUCAAAGACGUGCUCGAGUGGGUGAAGAAGGGCCGGAGCACCAUCCUCCGCGAAGACCUCAUUAGCUUCCUGUGCGGCAAAGUGCCCCCCGCCCCGCCCCCGCCGCGCACCCCCAGGACCCUCCCGAAGCCGCCCGCCUCGGCCGCCAGCCCGGCCGCCGCCACCGAAGCCAGCUCGGCCGUCGAGGUCGACCUGCAGCCUUUCCACGAGGCCAUCGCCCUGCAUGGCCUCAGCGGUGCCAUGGCCAGCAUCAGCGUGCGAGCCGGCGCACCCGGGUCCCCGCCCCAGGCCAGCGGUGUCGCCGGCAGCGUGGCCGGCGGAGGGCGCCGGAAAAGCAACCUCCUCGAGGACGACUCGAACCCCUUCAACGCCGAAGAACUGGCCCUCCGCCUGGACAGCGGGGGGACCCGCAAGCGCCCCUCGGCCCAGUGCAGUGACAGUGUCACAGGCUCCCCAACCCACAAGCGCAACCGACUGUUCUGAACGGCGUCAUUGGCCACCAGCCGCCAUCUUACUUGAGCAUUAACUCGACCGUCAACGUGCUCGGCGAAAGGACACUGGCGACCGUCUCUCUUCUCCAAGUUCAACAGAGAUUUCUGCCAAGUUCGCCGUAAAGAAACUUUUAAAGUAUUCUACAAGAGGCCUCGGAUGACUCUGACUUUCCCAAACAUCUAAUCCUAGCAGAGAACAAGUAUUAUGUAGUCGUUUAGCAAGAUCAGAAGAAACCAGAAAUAUUUGGUCAGAGCGGGAGCCUGGUUUAUCUUGUUCACAGUUAUAUUCCUUAGCACCGAGCACAGUUGCUGGUGCUCAAUAAAUGUUUGUUGAGUGAAUAAAUGUGACCUUAUUUAAAAUUCUUAAAGGGGAAGGACUAACAGGUGUUUACUUGGUUGUAGGAUACUUUUAUCCGUUGUUGUUAGGUUCUUUGCUUUAGCCGUUUUUGCCAGUUUGAUUACAUGUUAUCAAAACGUAAAACUUGGCACCUUGGUGAAAUCUGCAGCUUUCUAUUUUUGCUCCA